AUGAAGAUCUUCGUCAGUUCGGUCAACAUCCCUAUUGGGUAUAUCCGACCUCACUUCCCGUCGCUCUACUGGCCGCUUGGGGCCUCCCUGCUGCGCUACCAGCAGUCGUUCCUCUACUAUGGGGUGGAUAUCUGGCGGUUCACCGUCUACUGGAGCCUCAUCAUGUUUGGCGGGUUCUACAUCGUGGCGGCAUUGAUUGCCGUGUUCAACGUGGAAUUCAAUAACCGCCGCCACCACCUCCAGCCGCUGAGUCGAAAGCGUGCUGGUACUCUUAUAUUUGGGCUUCUUUACGUGGUGAUAGGUUCGUUCAAGGGGUUCGUAUCGGGGGCCGUGGUGGGGUUGAUGCUCAGUGCCAUCUAUAGGGCUGGAACCUUAAGCAUGAGUACUUGGAUCCCGCUCAGUUGGGCCAUUGCAGCCGUGCUUUUCGAUGUGUGCAGCUCUUAUCUGACGACCCUGUCCGUGAUGUGA